GGGUAUUAAAAAAAAAAAAAACUCUCGUACUCUACAUGACCGUCCUCUGCCUCUGUCACUGUCCGCAGCAGUCCGUGUUCGAUUGGUUUGGUCUGGAUGAACCAUGGCAGACCCGGAGGAUAAUGUUGCAAUUCCUGAGUUCAGCUGCCUACUCCAAAUGGAUCCUCACCUAAAAACGUACGAGAAGGACUUCAAGAGGAGGUAUGAGCUGCUACAGAAGCAGCUUCUCCAGCUGGAGGAGGCAGAGGGAGGCUUUGAGCAGUUCACACGCAGCUACCAGAACUUCGGUGUGCAGCGACGGCCUGACAACAGCCUCUUUUUCCAGGAGUGGGCUCCGGCUGCAGAGGCCCUCUUUCUCACCGGUGACUUCAAUGGUUGGGACAAAUUCGCCCACCCCUACACAAAGAAAGAAUUUGGCAAAUGGGAACUGGUUCUGCCUCCAAAGCCUGACAAGUCUCCAGCUGUGGAUCACAACACCAAGCUCAAGGUGGUCGUUCACACCAAUACCGGGGAGCGGCUGUACCGGCUCUCACCCUGGGCAAAAUAUGUGAACAGGGAGGAGAAAGCUGUCAUCUACGAGUGGGUUCACUGGGACCCUCCUCAGCCAUACAGUCAAAUCCAUCCUCGGCCCAAGAAGCCGACGAGCCUGCGAAUAUACGAGGCCCACGUGGGAAUCGCUUCACCCGAGGGGAAGAUCGCCUCGUACACCAACUUCACAACCAACGUUCUGCCUCGCAUUAAAGACCUGGGUUACAACUGUAUCCAGCUGAUGGCUAUCAUGGAGCACGCCUACUAUGCAAGCUUUGGAUAUCAGAUUACUAGUUUCUUUGCUGCUUCCAGUCGGUACGGUACCCCUGAUGAGCUGAAGCAGCUGAUAGACGUGGCUCACUCGAUGGGCAUCGUGGUGCUGCUGGACGUCGUUCACAGCCACGCCUCCAAGAACACCGAGGACGGCCUGAACGCCUUUGACGGCUCCAACUCGUGUUUCUUCCACGCUCCGCCCAGAGGGCAGCACAGCCUGUGGGACAGCCGCCUUUUCAACUACUCCAGCUGGGAAGUGAUGCGGUUUUUACUGUCAAACCUACGCUGGUGGAUGGAGGAGUACUGCUUUGACGGCUUCAGAUUCGACGGUGUUACCUCUAUGCUGUACCAUCACCAUGGCAUCGGCACGGGCUUCUCAGGGGACUACAGUGAGUACUUUGGCCUACAGGUGGAUGAAGACUCUUUGGUUUACCUGAUGCUUGCCAAUCACAUCCUUCAUACCCUUUAUCCUGACUGCAUCACUGUUGCAGAGGAUGUGUCAGGGAUGCCGGCUGUCUGCAGAGGAGUCGAGGAGGGAGGGCUUGGCUUUGAUUACCGUCUCGCCAUGGCCAUUCCUGAUAAGUGGAUUCAGAUCCUGAAGGAGUUUAAGGAUGAAGACUGGGACAUGGGCAAUAUAGUCCACACACUGACCAACCGGCGCUAUGGAGAGAAAUGCAUAGCCUAUGCAGAAAGUCACGAUCAGGCUCUUGUCGGGGAUAAGACUUUGGCCUUCUGGUUGAUGGACAAGGAGAUGUACACAAACAUGAGCUCCUUGAUUCCCAUGACGUCCAUCAUCGACCGCGGCAUUCAGAUUCACAAGAUGAUCCGCCUGAUCACGCAUGGUUUGGGUGGAGAAGGCUACCUCAACUUCAUAGGGAAUGAGUUUGGCCAUCCUGAGUGGCUGGAUUUCCCCAGAGAAGGGAACAAUGAGAGUUACCACUAUGCCCGGCGGCAGUUUAACCUGGUGGAUAUGGAGCACCUCCGCUACUGUCAGCUGUAUGCCUUUGACCGGGACAUGAACCGCACAGAAGACAAGUACGGCUGGCUGGCUGCUGCACCUGCCUUUAUCAGCGCCAAGCAUGAAGAGGACAAGGUCGUUGUGUUUGACAGAGGGAAUGUGCUCUUUAUCUUCAACUUCCACCCCACUAAGAGCUUCCAGGACUACAGGGUGGCAGUAGAAGUUCCAGGAAAAUAUAAAAUCAAGCUGGAUUCAGACAUGGUUCAGUAUGGGGGACACGGACGGCUGGACCACAGCACAGAGUUCUUCACAGAUGCCCAGCCCUUCAACGGACGCCAGAACUCCAUAAAGGUCUACAUCCCCUGCAGAACUGCUAUUGUCCUGGCCAACGAGGAGAUAGAUUACUGUUAUUAGAGGAUGAUUGUCUCCACAGAGACCAGGAUCGAGAAUGGAUUCCAAGCUCAAACCGAGUGUUAACAAUCACCUUCAUCUCAAAGUGUCAACCUUGCACACAACCCGUACCCACUUUCUGUUUUUGAGCUUUUUCUAAACGGGAUAAAAAAAAUCUUCUCGUGCUUUCAAACACCAUCUGCAACCUUAGAUGCUGUGUAACCCCAUUUACUACAGAUUGCUCCAUUUGGGAAGCGUCCAACCUAACCAGCAGAUAGACGCUAAAAGUUUAAACCCUGCCGAGUCCGUCCACCACCAGCCAGCAGACAUUUAUGGGCUCUGUGAAUUUGGCUUGUCAUCUCAAACACAUGACCAACGACUGUGGCAUAAAAAGAGGCAAAACUGCACCAUUCAAACAUUGCACACGCUCCGAGAAAACAAGAAUACUGUAGAUUGUCACAUCUAACUUGCUUUGAUAAUUUUGUAUUUGAAGACACACAACGUGACGGUGUCAAAGACACGCAGAGAUUUACAGUGAGACCAGCUCAUGAAAUUCAAAAAGUCAACGUAUUUAAUCACUGUGAUCCAUCUUUGUUAAUUUGCAUUGUGGGACAUUUUACGUAUAAAAAUAAUGUAAUUUGCACAAAGUAAUGAGCUGUGUUGAAUUAUUACGCUUUUAAUGGGUAUCUGAAACAUUUGUGUUGUAAUGUUUGAAUUUAUGUUUCUACUGGGAGCGUUUGUGCGGUUAUUUAUGGCCCUGUUAUUAAGCCAGUAAUUUGCUGCUGAAGCAAAGUGAUCAAAUCACUUCAUUUGUUCACAGCCUGUUGUAUAACUUACAAGUAACAUUUUUACCUGUAUUACACCGUUUUCUUUCCCACUUUGCAAAAAUGAACGCAUAGUUUCUCCAACAUUAAAUCAUGUUAAUGUAGUGUAUGUUGUGAGUUUCACUAACUCUGCUCAAUUCUGCUGGAGAAAGUCGACACUGUAGAUCCACACAUCAGACAACACGACGAUGUAUGAGUAUAGUACGACUCAAACAACUUACUUAUGUGCACUGUUUUCAUUAGCAUUCCCCCGGGGAUUAUUCCCACCAAACAUAGAAAUAGUCUAAAUCAUGACAAAGAUUGAAAUGUGCCUCGUCUAAUAAACUGACUUUUUGUGUUUUCUCAACACACUCAGUGAUGGAAAUCUCCGUUCAUGCAAUGCUCAAGCUGUGUUCCCCAUAGCUUUCACAUGAGAAGCUUAUUGAUCAGCUAAAAUAUAGGGAACAUCACACACUGUUGAUAUGUGACUGUUAUUGUGAUGGCUGAGCUCACUCACUCAGACAACAUGUUAUUAAAAUAGUGUAUAAUACAAGAGCC